ACUCAUAUCCAUCCGCCAAUGGCGCUCACACGCCGUCGGCCAGCCUCCCUCCUACUCCUCCUUAUCGCCGCAACCCUCCUCGCGGGGCGCCCGGCCGCGGCCACGGGAAAGACCGGCAACAUCGUGGUGUUCUGGGGCCGGAACAAGGACGAGGGGUCCCUCCGGGAGGCCUGCGACACCGGCACCUACACCAUCGCCGUCAUCUCCUUCCUGGACGUCUUCGGCCGCGGCAAGUACCACCUCGACCUCUCCGGCCACGACGUCUCCGCCGUCGGCGCCGACAUCAAGUACUGCCACUCCAAGAAGUUCCUCGUCUUCCUCUCCAUCGGGGGCUUCGGCGGCCACUACUCCCUGCCGACCGCCCAGUCGGCGGCCGACGUGGCCGACUACCUCUGGAACGCCUACAUGCUCGGCACCCGCGAGGGCGUCCACCGCCCGUUCGGCGACGCCUACGUGGACGGCAUCGACUUCUUCCUCGACGGCGGCGGGCGGCCUGGCCCGGACCCCUACGACGAGCUGGCCAGGCGGCUAUGGGACUACAACAAGCCGUACCGCGGCAGGGUGCCGGUGCAGCUGACGGCGACGUCGUCGUGCGGGGACAGGCGCGUGGGGCGGGCGCUCGCCACGGGGCUCUUCACCCGCAUCUUCGUCAGGUUCUUCGACUACCCCCAGUGCGCCGCUAACUGGCAGCAGGAGUGGGACAGGUGGACGGCGGAGCAGCCGGGCGCGCAAAUCUACUUCGGCCUGCCGGCUUCGGAGAAGACGGUCGGCUACGUCCACCCCCUGGACCUUUACUACGAUAUCAUCCCGGUGGUGCAGAAGGCGGCCAACUACGGCGGCAUCAUGGUCUGGGAUCGCUACGAGGACAAGCGCACCGGCUUCAGCAGCUUCGUCAUCAAUUGGGCUUGAGCCUCUCUCACUCGCGUCAGCGUUACCGUGUGAAUUGCAUGUGUUUGCUACUUUGCUUGUCUUUUUUUUUCUAGUAGUCAGUUCGUAAUGGUGUGUUUGCUAUUAUCAGUGUGCAGUUGUGCUCGAAAUGGUGUGCCAUGUGCUUGUAAGAAUAACGUGAGACCUGUGUAGUAGGUCUCGAUUAAUAAGUACGGUU